GUUAUGAUCCCUUUCUUUUGUAUCCCUCCAUAAAGGAACGCACAUGAACACGAACAUUCUCACGUUUCAUAUGUUGUAGGUAGAAGACGCAGGUAGAAUACCAGUGUACCGUCCAGCAUUAUAGCUGGGAUUUAAAAACGGCCUCAGCAAAUCACGUUGCAGAUACACGACGGAGACAUACGAAUCCGUAUACCUGUGAACUCACCACUUCCCUUCGAACGUUAUAAGUGAAAGCUCAGUUUAAAUGCAGACAUCACGCUACAUGCAUCUUCUAGAAGUCAUUUGGAUUACGAUAGUUCUGAAAUGAUCAAUCAUCAUAUGUGACAUAAUCUUCUGAGAGUUUGAAAGAUAUUAACGUAUUGCAAUAUCAAUCAUGAAGAAACCAAUUUUGUACAAAGUUGAGACAUACAUUAUGCCUGGAAUGGAGAAUUUACCAAUAAUUAAUGGGAUCGAUGAUCUCAAGAUCACAAAUCAAUUUGAUACCAAGAGCGAAAGCAUAUUCGAGAACAGUAUGCAAAAUGAGAAAGAUACGUCGCUCACUUCAAAUAAGAAAUACGAAGAAACCACGAAGUUUUUCACUGAAGAUAGCACAUUGAUUGGUAUAAAAUUCGUGAAAGGCAUAACGAACGAGAAUGACAUUCUACGCGACGAACAUUUGGAUAAUGAUAUCAUUAAAUAUUAUAACAACGCGAAUUUUUAUCGUUCUAACGAACGUGUACAAAAAACGGAGUUUCAAGCAUCAAUUGGACCACAGGAGUCAUUGUAUCCUGCGAAACAAUUCAGCAGGACGAACAGUUUGAUGUCGAUUGACGAGAGAAGUGAGAACUCCUUGGACUCCAAGCUAAACAACUUCUGCCGUCACGGUUACAAGAAUGGCUGUACCGCAUCGAUUCCGUCACCUGAAGAAGUCAGCGAGGAGAUCUUCAGAGAAAAUUGGUUGCACAAAAUUGAAAUCCUAAGGAAUCGUGAAACCAUGUUGCGGGAAAAGGAAAUAAAUUUGCAAAAAAGAGAGAGGGAGCUGUUUAGAAAAGAGAAGGAACUAAGGAUCACGGAGAGACUUCUCAAUGAUAAAAUGAAGCAGGUAGAGCAGCAGAUAAAAUACCAAAAAGAUAUGAUAGUGGAAAAGACGCUGGAGCAAGCGGCACAAAUUUUAUACGAUAUUGAGAAACCUAAUAAUCUUGUAGAAGAGAAAAUUCUGAGAAAAGAUGAUAUUUCGAGAAAAGAAGAAAUUCCGAGAAAAACAGAAAUUCCUCAAAAUCUUCAACCUAUUAUCAAUCCAUUCGACAAAAAGGAGGAAAAGAAAAAGCAUUUGAUGCGUCCAAAUUCAUCAUCGAGAAAAUCCUUUUCUUCGAAGACUCAUUCGUACGCUACUAUAAGGUACAAAAAAUAUCCUAGGAUGAAUUAUGACGACCUAAAUUCGUCGUUAUCAGCCGCCAGCACAGAUACAUCUAACAUACGAACGUCAGAGCUGUUUAAUCCAGUGCUUCAUAAGAAGCCAUAUGCCUUUACAAAAUCAGCAAGCGAGCGAUGGACCAGGCAUAAAGAUAUCCUAGGAAAACUACAAGGAAUAGCUGAGGAGAAACCUGAGCACAUAAUCGAAGAGGAGAAAAUUUUUCGGAAGUUCAGCGAUAACAUAUGCGCUUUGCAGGAGAAGGAGACAAGGUUUCAGAAUUACGGACCCGUAGAUGAUAUUCCAGAUAAUAUUCUAAGCAAGGUAGAACAUAAUAAUAAAGGUAAGCUGUCUUCCUAUCUUAAUUUGGAAACUGGCGAGAGAUAUAGUCAAUCUCGUCAAGUUCAAGCCAGCACUUCUAAGGAUAGGCCGGUGUCCUGGACAAACGAAACGGACAAAUGGAUGCAAAAGCACCAGAUGUAUAAUCCAACGACCAAACAAUCGAUUGAGAAUAAGGAGAACGUCGUGUGCAAUACCUAUAUCAAGAAAAAAACGAAGAAAAAGUCGAAAAAAUUCUCUCUAUUUCGUUAG